AUGGCGGACGACGUCGUCAAUUCGGAUGACAAAAAACAGGUUUGCACUACUUGCUUCCCAGAGGACACUGAUUAAAUGCUGUUACAUUUGACUAAAGAUUUAUUGAUAACUUUUUUCGUUACGUAGUAUAGUUGGAAUGUGAAGAAGUUUAUCCAGAAAACGCCAUGUGUUCGUGAAUCUUUGAUGUAUGGAAUUCUCGGCGGUUCAGUGGUUGGCGUUGGUUAUUUUAUUAAAUCAAGUGAGUAAAACUAAAAGUUCUUUUAUUUCUGCUGGAGGUUUGAUCAUGUUUCAACUUUUAUACAGUAAGGAGAGUUAGGGGAUCGGAUGCAUGGUGGCAUUGAUUGUUGUGGAAAUUUUUAUGUCAUUCGCCCCAUGGAAUACGCUCUUCUCACGUAUGGUAAUAUGCCCGUCUAACCUCGUUUACGGGUAAAAAUUCUUUUGAAAUUCAAAUACGAAAACGUCGUCUGAUUAGCAUUUCAAAGGACUUUUUACUCAAAAACGAGGUUAGACGGGCAUAUUGCCAUACGUGAGAAGAGCGUAUUGAAAUAUCCUAGUCAGUCUCGGAUUCUGGAUUCCACGCCGUGGGUUCCGGAUUCCAGGUACUAUACUCCAUUCUUUGCAGUGGAACUUGGAUUGUGGUUUCCAGUGGUUAGUGGGAUUCUAGAUUCCUCGAGCUGUGUUCCCGAUCCUAAAGGCCAGGAUUUUAGAGUUCCACUAGCAAAAAUUUCCUGGAUUCUCUUACGUGGGGUGAAGUAUACAUCAGGGACCGCACAGGAGGUGGCCUGUCGGGGUCCGCCCGCACCCCCACUUUUCCAAAUGGUAAAUUUUUUUUUUUUUUACUUUGGUUACCCAGAUCUGUCACUUAUCACACAAACAAGGUUUAGUAAUCUGACUGACCCACAAACAGAGAACAGACAAACUUUGUCUGUUAGUUGUUACCAAUGAGUUUGUAGCUCUUAAUGACAAUCAGAAAGGCAACUUUGGCCACAUUCAGAGAAUCCGACUUAAAAAUAUCCAGGUGACACUCAACCAUUGUGUGUGUUGGGUUUAGCUUCAAAGUCUAUUCAUUUAAAUUUCGGUCUAACAUGGGAGCCAGGUUGUAACUUGUUGUUUUUAAAUGCCAAUGUAAUAAUUACAAAUUUAUAUUACUAUCGGCAGUUUUAGAUGCAUUCAUAGCCAUUUCAGAAGACUUAAAUGUGAAAUUUGCCCCAGGGAGCAUGCCCCCAGGGAAAGCCCCAUACCUAAGAAAAUGUUGUAAUCAAACCAUUGGAGAAAUUUGGGUAAUCACAUGACUGUAUGUCCGUCUGUCCGUAGCACAGGGUAACCAAUGUAAAAGGUCAAACUUUCUGGCUAGUGUAGUGUGGGAGCCUGUAACCUGUAUUAAACUUGAUAAUAGACAUCCAAGGCUGUGCUCUAAGGAAAAUUGAAGGGAGUCCAGUGCUCUGAAACUGUAAAACCUAGGGUGCCCAGCAUAUGAUUUGUAUGAAAAAUCUGAGAUUUUCUAGUCGCCCGAGGUCAAAAGUUAGGCGCCAGGGGCCACCGGGCUCUGCUAGAGCACAGCCCUGGACAUCCAUAUAUGGAUAGACUCGCAGGACUGUAUCGCUUGCUCAGGUGCCCACUCAUCGAGGUCACGUGACCAAUUAUUAGCUCUUAAUUGAUCACAGGCUAAAGUUUAUGUUUUUCAGUUGUAUGUUUCUCUCCUAAAGUAAUUAUGAAUUUUUGGAUUUCUUAUUGCAGUGGUUUAAAGUCCAUUAACUGAGGUAAAUUUAAAAUGCCUUAGAAGGAGCUUUACUUUUAGCUCUGGCUAAAUCUAAGUGCAUUUUAGUGGAGAGUUUUUGUCUGUUGGAAAAAAGUUCUGUUCUUCAGAACCAGGUCUUAUAUAUGCCUUGUUCUUUGCAGUGCAUGUUUUGAGGUCAUGCCGCUAUGCAGUUGGUUCUUUUACACUAAUUUCAUUUGGAAGUUGGUAAAUUGCCUUUUGUUCAUUACAGAGUUAAGCAUCUAAAGGAACUGAGUGUAUGUCUCAAGCAGUGCAGGAGCAAAACACAGGAAUUGACAUAAUCAAACCCUCAAGGGUUAUGCUUUCUUAUUUUGCCUAAACCAGUAAUUUCCUCCCAUAGGUUACUUUUUUGGGGGUCUCUCCCUUAAACAGGGUGUUAAAUUUAUCAAUCUUGAACAGGGUAUGUUUCUGGACUAGAAGCUUUAGAGUGGCUUGGUCUGUAGGGUUUGAAAAAAAAUCUGCAUUCAAAUAAUUAUAAUCAGACAGCUUUAUGCCAAAAUUUUUGCAACUAAAACGUAUUUAUUUUUAUUUUCUAGUAUCCUAAAAGAUCUUCUGCUGGAAUUUUUGUUUCAUAUAAUAAUUCAGUUUGGUUCAUAUAAAUCAUGCAGUUACUUGAUAAAGUUAUCUAGUAUGACCUUGCUCAAGUGGAUACACUUUAUUGAAAAAGCUCCAUAUAUUUUAUUUUAUAAUACCUAUUCAACACCUUUCACUUAAUAGUAAAAUUGUGAAUCUUAUAUUCUCUCUUUACAGGGAGGUAUGCAGAUACAUCAAGUAUAAAGAGAUAGAGGCUGUGAAAGAAAGUGUGGAUAUGUUAAAUAAAUAUAAACAAAAGAGAGAUGAAGUUGAAGACGAUUGA